CACAAGGCGGCUACGUGAUGCGUCACUACGCAUACGUGCUAUCGUAGCGCCAUAAUCUCGCGUGAUGAGAAUUGUGACGUCGGGAUAAUUUUGAAAGACAGGCGGCAAGGAGAUUGCGAUAAACAGCUUUGCGGGACGUUGCACUAGCCAUGGCGCAAGCUGGCGAUGAAUGGGAGCUAAGCAAAGAAAAUGUGCAACCCCUGCGACAGGGCAGAGUUAUGUCCACUCUGCAGGAGGUGCUCUCACAGCAGGAGAGUGCAAGCCACACUGCCAUUCAGCAGCAGAAGCAAGCAUUUGAGCUGGAACUGCGCUUCUAUUCAGGUGAUGAUCCACUAGAUGUCUGGGACAGGUACAUCAAGUGGGCUGAGCAGGCAUUCCCUCAAGGAGGGAAAGAGAGCAACUUGUGCCCAUUGCUGGAAAGAGCUGUUAAGAUAUUCCAUGAAGAACAGCGAUAUUAUGAUGAUCUGCGCUAUCUUAGCAUUUGUCUCAAGUUUGCUAAUUUCUGCUCAGAGCCUCUGGAUUUGUACAGCUAUUUGCACAGCCAAAGAAUUGGGGUCUCUCAUGCCCUACUUUAUAUCACUUGGGCCGAACAGUUUGAAGCUCGAGGUAAUUUCAAGAAAGCUGACUCCAUAUUUCAGCAGGGCAUGCAACACAAGGCUGAACCACUGGAAAAGCUAGAGAUCCAUCAUCGGCAGUUUCAGGCCCGAGUAUCCCGGCAAAUAUUACAAGGAAUUUCAGAGGGGCCAGAGGCAGAAGAACCUGAAGUUCCAGAGCCACAGCGCAGCUCACUGGCAGAUCUAAAGUCCAGAGGGAAGAACAAAGUGAAAGCACCCAUUAAUCGAGUUGGAGACUCGAUCAAACCACGUCCUCAUGGCCUCAGCGUUCAAGCUGCUCCAACACAGCAAAUUCCAAGCCGCUCUCGCUUUGCUGUGUUUGAUGAAAAUGCAGCCUCAGCAGCCCCAGAGCUGCCCUCCUUGACUCCACAGCAGUGGACUGCACCACCCCCUGCACGGUCUAAGGAAAAUGAACAGAAAGCUGGACAAUGGAACUCUGGCAGGCCUUCUAGAAACAGCCAUCAGGCUGCUGCUGCCUCUGAACCGCCCCAAACUUUGCCCAGUUUCAUGCCUUAUGUGGAUGAAAGUGCUCAGCAGCAAACAGUAACUCCAUGUAAAAUAAACCCAGCAGUCACUAGUGUCUUAAGCUCCCGCAAGCCAGGAAAAGAAGAGGAUCCUCUGCAAAGGGUACAGAACAAUUCCCAAGGAAAAGAGGAGAAGGUUAUGUACUGCAAGGAUAAAGUUUACGCUGGCGUGGAAGAGUUCUCCUUGGAAGAGAUAAGGGCAGAAAUCUACUUGGCAAAAAUACGGAAGAAGAGAGAAGACGACCUACAGGAGAUUGCACUGAGGAGGCAGGAAAUGGAGCGACAGAUACAGGAGAUGGAGAAGCAGCUAAAGGGAUCAUGUAUUGAAAGCGAAGAGAUCGUAAGUGAUCAGCCUGUACAGAAUGUUGAACCUAUUAUUGCCCCAUGUAAUUCCAAUACAAAUGAGAGUCUGUGUGCAUCUCAGCAGGCACCAGUCAUGGAAUUUCCACAUUGCUUUGAAAUGGCUGAUGCUGCUCCAACACUGCCAAGGAUGGAGACCCUGCCCGUAUUUAAUGAAACCGGGAACAAGCCCAGCUUGCCAGGUUUGUCUCCAGCACUUUCCUGUGACUUGCCCUUCACAAUAUUUGAUGAAUCUGCAGAAGCUGCACCUAGCAUGACUGACCAGAAGAGAAUGGCUGCUCCUGUACGUCGCCCACUUGCUGCUGUUCCUAAGUCCAUUGUUAAAUCACAAGAAUCCCAACUAACCGACACCCUGGAUGGAACUGAACCCUUAAAUGAAGAGGCAAUUGUGUGUGGCUCAGGUAAAAACAAAUCCUUAUUCCCUGACCCAGAAGACACUUGUGAUUUUGUGAGAGCUGCCCAUCUGGCGUCAACACCUUUCCAUAGGGCUAGGGACCAAUCAGGCGAAUGCUUACAGAGUGACUCGCUUGAUCUGGAAAGGCUCCCGCUUCGAGAGAAGACACCUGUGUGCGAGGAGUCUUAUAGACAAGAACUCUGCAUAAAGAAACUAAGCCCCAUUUUAGAAGCAAGCCAAGAAGAUACACGCACAUCAGUCUCCUCUGUGUCCUCAAUCUCGAGCACAACCAGCAUGUUCACUUCCAGGCCAAUUCCAGAGAAGCUCGAGCUGGCUACUCAGAUUACAGGGGUGUAUGAGUCUGAGCCAACCACAGAAGAGCUUCCACAAGCAGAAGAACUUGCAGAACUGCAUAGGCAGUUGCUGGAAUCUCUGCCAGAGCUGCUGGUCUCUCCAGAGAUCCAACAUGAGGUUGGAACGAUGCCUGAUAUGAAAGAACAAGGAGAGGUGGUGCUGGGUUGUGAAACUUACGGUCUAAAAAAUGAAGUCAUCCUUCAUCCUAACAGCAAGUUGUUUAUGGGUGCCCCUGUGGAUUGGGAUAUGGGAGACAUGAAGGCAUUUGCUCUAAAGGUGGAUUAUCAGCCACUUCCAUGGGAUUUCUAUGUUACAAUGCAGCUGAAGGAGCGCCUUGGAGAUCUAUUUGAAACAUUUUUCAUUGAACAAACUAACUGCUUCCUCUACCAGAAUGGGUGCAUCAGUCUCUACAAGGAUAUCAACCGUUUCAGUAUUCAAGAGAUCCUUUUGGAUUCUGAAGAACAUAUCAAAGAAGUAAUUGUGUUGGUAACAUACAACUUGUUGAGCCUGGUGGAAAAGCUUCACUCAGUGGAAAUUGUUCAUGGAGAUCUGAGGCCAGAGACUCUACUUCUGGAUGACAAGAUUUUUGAUUUGUCGUCAUCUCUGGAACUGAAGGGUUUAUUUAAGCUGGUAGAUUUUUCCCAUAGCGUGGAUCUGAAAUUAUACCCCAUAAUGAGCUCAUUACGUGGCUUCCCCAUUGCUCAAACUGAAAGUGGUCAACAAUUUCUCAGUCCUCAGUCCUCCCCUUAUCAGGUGGACCUUCUUGGCAUUGCAGACCUGGUUCACCUAAUGAUUUUCAGGAAACCAUUGCAGCUGCACCAGGAAAAUUCUGUUUGGAUGAUUUGUAAAGAGGUUCCUAGACUGCGUGGUGGAAAUCUCUGGAACAAAUUCUUUACAAAGAUCCUAAAUGCAGAAGGCCCAAGCACACGUGUUCUGGGGGAGCUAAAGGGAGAAAUGAUGGGACAAUUUGACAGCUGCUUUCAAGACAAACUUUGCAACUAUUUCAUCCAGCUGGAGAUGAGACUGAACCCGUUAUGAGACGCCCAAUUGCUCGUGCUAAGACUUAAACACAGGACAAUUGGCCUGAACUGUGCGCCAUGCUGUUACCUUUCUCCAGUGCUCAGUGUAAAUAUGUGCAUUACAUAGAAAUAUUCUGUCUUGUAAUGUCUGAGGCUUACAUGCAUCCUUCAUACCUCUGUUCCCAAUGUUGUUACACAAGUUUCUGUGUUUUUAUACAAGUACUUUUUUCUUACAUUUUCUUGUCUCUGUGCAUAGACUUCUGUGUAUAGCACUUUUCUUACUGGCAUGUUAUCUGUGUAUAAAACUGUAGAUACUAUUAAAACUCACAUUAAUAACCUCA